AUACAACCAGACCCCUUGCUUUAACGAGGACAGGCCCAACCGAUAAGUCGAAUACAUACUCUAUAACGUGAAGGCAACCGAAAAGCAGUCAAUGAUUUGCAGGUGGUAUAUUCUCAUGCUCGCGGUCUCGUUGAUGUUAAUGAAUCUUCAAUGGUACAAUCGGUUUCUCAUUCGUCAUAGGCCUGUCUGUGACAUGACUCCUAUGGCUGCUCUUAAUAUGACAUCAUCAUCGCGGAAAGCUUUCUAUCUGUUCAUCAUUGUCAGAGCUUUCCCUAUCUAUACACCGUCUGUUAAGUUUUUAUAGCAGGGUAAGCCCGGGGAUACUGUGAGUGACUCAAAGAUACAGCUAUCGCCAAGUCACUAUCUUAUCAGCAAUAAGCACACCGUUCUUUGCAACAGUCCACUAGCGAGGUCCG